UUUUUCUCUCACUAUUACGCGAGGCGUGAAAAUCGUUCAAUAGCUGUUAUUAAAGGAGAAAAAAUUAGCGAAAUAUAAAAUAUACGUUUUCUAGUGUCGAGAAAAAAUAUAAAGCAAUAAUGACGGACAAGAAAGCAUAUCCCGUGGCACCGCAUCCACCCACUGGAUUUGUACCACCGCAAGCCCAGCCCACAGCUUAUGGAGUUGCAGGGGCUGGUCCUUAUGGGGUAUUUCCAAAUCAGCCACAAUUUUAUGCAACGCAAGGGCCACCACCGCCGACAUAUGACCAAACACUGACACAUACCAUGAUGUACCAGCCGAUGUAUGGCCAGGGCUAUCCAGGGGGAUAUUUAACCGGAUAUCCAACAGCUUAUGGUCCACUCCAGUACUAUCCGCAAUUGGCAGCCGCAACUUAUUAUCCGACUGCUGCCAUGCAGCCUGCACCAGUCAGACCAACUAUGCUGGUACCCAACGGCUUCGAUGGUGGACGAUUCGAUGGGCUUUCGCAACAAGUUCUACCCCCACCACCACCACCAGGUGUUGCCAAUGCUGCACAGUUGGCAGCCAUGGCAGGUCACAGUGUUGCACUAUCGCAAAAGAAGGGCUCAUUCCUCGGUGGUGCUGCAGAGGGCGGUUAUACAUUCUGGUAAAGAAGAAAUAAUGAAGAGAGAAGAAGAAAUGCUGGGAGAAGAUUUUGGGGUAAUGUUGAGUUAUUAUGAGAUAAAUGACUCAAGCGACAAAUUGAAAUAUGAAAUGUAGAGUUAAAUUAUCACCGGUGACGCUAUCUUCGUUGGUCCUUCAGUCGAAUUUCGAUCCAACAAUUUUUUUCACUCGCGAGUGUGACAGCAUUUUUACUGAGUAAAACCCGAGGUAUUUUCGAAAUUUUUUGACGAUAAAAUUUGCUCACCAAAGACUUUCUCAACGAAGGAUAUUCUAUACAUCGAAAAGAGGGAAAAAUAUCAACUUUGUGAAAAUUUCAUUGACGGCGAUAUUCUUUUGGAAUUCCUUGAGAAUUUCUUCAUCGAAUUCGAAAGCAUCAGCUAUUCAGUAUUAUUACGGUAAAAUGGACAAUCGCGGUUAUUGCAGCAGUAAAUAAUUAAAAUGUAAAAAAUUGUUGGCUAUUCCGAAAUUCAAGGAUCAGUAUUUCUUAUUGGAGUGGAAAAUUGAUGGAAUGGUGGGGUAAUUGAGUCCGGGCUGAUACAAAAAAAAUUCCGAUUAAAGUCGAGGGCUGUUCGCAAUAUUUUUUUUGACGAUUUGCCCUGUAAUUCUGGGACCGAAUGGUAUGUGUGUGCGAGGAAUAGAGUGUGAGAGAUCGAUUAUGAAUUAGUGAAUGAGGGAAUAUAAAUCAGCGAUGUGCGAGACGAGAAGAAAUAUUGAAGUAAUCGAAAUUGCGGUGAUGCUCAGAGGGAAAAAAAAACGAGUGGGUAAGUGUAUUAAUUACUCGAUAUUAAUCCACCAUUUAAUCACGAAAAUUCCAAUGGUGGCAGCUAAUUAUCGGAAUUAAAUUGAAUAUCGGAGAUUAUUAUUGAUGGUGUGGGGAAAAAAUUUGAAGGUUCACUUUGGUGCCAAAAUAAAUUUUAAAUCAAUUCACUCCCACUCGUUUAUUCGCACCUCGAUAAAUUGAAACUUCUUUCGUUGAUUAUGAGAAAACUCGUGUUUAUGUUGUCAUUCUGUGAUUGAGUUAUUAAGGAGAUAAGUUCGUAGGUUUUUAAUCGUGGGGUAAGAUCUUGAUGAUUUUUACUUCAGCCGUUAGAUUUUUUUCCUCUCAUGGAACAUUUUUCUUCGAGAAUAUUCAGAAUCUCUGUGAAUCGUACUUACACCUCGAUUUAAAUGGUUCUGCGGAGAAUAUUUCUGAGGUGCUACGUAAAGAGAUUUUCCGAUUAUGGAAAAACUUUGUUUAUUGUUUUCUUCCCUCUCUCGCGGUUCUUUGAAGUCUUGUCUACUCAACUCGAACUCUCACUAUUUCGAUCCCACA